GAUGGGUACCAACCAGAGUGGAAAAUUCUGACUCUUUCAUGAUUUUGUGCUCAGUUGACUGGGUGUACCAUGGAGGAAUUUCCUUUGAUUUUCUACGAUUUGGAGCUAAUUUGAAGUAUUUUCUUGAACAAGUUUACCAAGGAAGAAGAGAUCAGUGUGAGAACUUUAAGCAGCCAUGGAAAAGCAACAUAAAGCUGCACUACGCACAAACCGCGUAGCUCUGGUACAAGACAUGGACCUGGUUUAUGUGUUCGAUGGACUCGUUGAGAGGAACAUCUUCGAACCUGCUGACUACGAAGACUUUAAGGCGGAUGGGAAAGCGAGCCGCAAGAUCAACCAGAGAUUCCUGAAUGCCUUGGAGAGACGCGGUCCCAAGGCCUUCCGGGCCUUUGUGGAUUCCCUGAGGGAGCACAACCAUGGGGCACUGGCCAACAAGCUGCAACAAGCCUUGGCAACACAGAAUCCAGAACAGAUGGAGUCCAGGCCGGGGAGGGUCGAGGACAGCCCGACAGGCGCCAUCUCGGGACCCCAGGGGGAUUCCCAGCUGGAGAUUGAUGCUGAACCUACUACAUUAGUCAUGGCAUCGCCAACAGAGGAAUCACAGGAAGUUCCCUGGCCAGGGAACAGUUCUGCAGAUCUGACCCAAAAGAAGAUGCGGAUUUCACCCCCGCCUCCUGCUGUCCAAGAUGCUUCUGAUGUCGAUGGCGUCUAUCAGAUGAAGUCAAAACCGCGAGGAAUAGCAAUCAUCAUUAACAACAAAAACUUUGAGAAAAUGCCGACAAGGAAUGGGACUGACAUUGAUGGCAGGAACCUGAAGCACGUGUUUGAAGAGCUGGGCUUCAUGACUGAGUAUAGGAAAAACCAGACCAGGAAGCAAAUGCAGCAGAUUUUGAACCAAGCUGCGAGCCGCAACCAUGAAAGAUUUCACUGUUUCAUCCUGGCCAUCCUUAGCCAUGGUGAAGAGGGCGCCAUAUACAGCACAGACGAGAGAAUCGUCAAGAUUGAGGACAUCACGUCUUACUUUGAGGGAGGCCGGUGCCCGACGCUGGCAGGCAAACCAAAGCUCUUCUUCCUCCAAGCUUGUCGAGGGGAGAGCAAGGACAGAGGCCACGAAGCAACAGAUUCCAAGGCGGUUGCCCCAGGCUACGCUUAUGGCACUCAAGACUCGGUAGCACCGAUAUCCGAUGAGGAGCUGGUCCAGCGGAUGCUGGAACAACAAUUGCAGGACGACACGGAUGCCCCCACUGCCAACAGAUCCAAACUGCCCAGCCACAGUGACAUGCUGCUUGCAUUCGCCACGGUGCCAGGCUUUGUGUCAUGGCGUCACGGGAAGCGUGGUGCCUGGUUUGUGCAGGCGCUGUCGGAGGUCUUUCUGGAGCACGCACACGCAAAGGACCUGAUGUCAAUGAUGAUUAUGGUCAACGACAAGGUGGCCUGCGCUUUUGAGUCUUCCUCGGGACGCUAUAAGCAGAUCCCGGCCCCCGUGACGAUGCUGCGAAAGAAACUCUACUUCAACCCUGGACGUUAGGAGAGAAAACUUAAAAGACACACAUUUUAUGUACCUUUCUUUUUUUUUUUUUUUUUUUAGAGUCGGCCAUGAUAAAUUGAAAACGAGGUUUUCAAUGCAUUUUUGGAACUUGCGAAUAAAAAUGAAAGUACUGAAAUAAUAAUAAUAAUAAUACUCAGAAACUUAUAUAGUGCCUUCCAUUUAAAAAUCACAAAGCGCUGUAUUAAAGAUAAAAUUAAAGUAUACAAAUGUAUCAAGAUAAAACCAAGUUAUAAAUAUCAAAAUGAGACCUCAGCGUUUUGACACAAUUACGUAUUAUUAAUCUUAACCUUCAGCAAUUUUGAAUUUACUGCCGCCAUGUCCAGAUGUUUUCCUGCAAAAAUAAACACAGAAAAACUCAAACUUUAAAAAGUAAGAAUGUACACACGUCAAUCAACGAGUCAGUCAGAAUUACUUGUACAUGAUGAACAACACUGGAGAGAGGUUUUAUUUCCCCCUCACAUAAGCAGCUGAUAAUUUUACUCGUUUAAUUUUACUCUAUUGGCAGUUUAACCAUUUUCACAAAUCAUCUAAUUUAAGUCUAAUUUAUUUUUGUACUUUUUGAAAAUUUAUUGAAAUAAAAGAAUGUAUAUGUGAAAUAAAUUAUAUAAUUAGUAAUAAAAGUAAAGCUUAUGUUUUAGUGUCCCAUUCUCCAUUG